AUGUGCAAGGUCAUCACCAUCCAGUCGCUCGUGUGGCUGCGCCGCACGGUGCGGCGGUGGCGCUCCUGCGCCGCGGCGCGCCCAGGCAUGGAGCGGGACAGAGCGGUGCCCGCGGGGCACGUGGCCGUGACCGUGGAAGGCGGCGGCCCCGGGGAGGAGGCUAGGCGGUUCGUGGUGCGGGUGGCGCACCUGAACCACCCGGCGUUCCGGGAGCUGCUCCGGCAGGCGGAGGAGGAGUACGGCUUCCCGUCCGGUUCCGGCCCCGUCGCGCUCCCCUGCGACGAGGACCACUUCCGCGACGUCAUCCGCCGCGUGUCCUCGGACGAGCGCCACCACCUGGUCCGCUCCCACUCCCUGCAGGCCUUCUGCGGGGCUGCCGCCGGCCGCGGCCUCACGAAGCGUCGCGCCGAGUCGUCGUCGUCGUCGUCGCGGGCGCCACUGCUUCAGGGCAUGGCCAUGGACAGCCUCGUCUGGUGAUCGACCAGUCGUCACUGGAAGCCUCGUACAGAAGCCACUGAUACGCAGCAGGUCAUUCCAUCUCUGCAACCACAUGCACACGUCCACUUCGUCCGCGGCAUUGGCAGCCAGCAGCUGGUCGUUCGGGCGCCGCAAAAGGCGACGCAGCACGCGUGCCGCGGGACAAAGAAGACCGUGAAGGCGCGCGUGAACGACACAAGGCGCGCGCGCGAAGGGCACAGCAAGAACGCGCGUCCGAGCGCCGGAGCACGCAUGCAACUAAAGGGCGCGAUCUCGUGCUCGGCGUAAUGGCGGCGUGCCAACCGCGACGACCGGCCGGCGAGCGCAACUGGGGACAGUACUAGCUAGGAGCUAGCAAGUAGACUAUAGCUAGCUGCCAUGGACUGACAGCUACUACAAGAUAUACUAAUUUGAUUGAAGAAGGUGAUGGUUUUAGGCAUUCUUCUCUCUGUAAUUCUACUCGGGAAUUAAUAAACAAUCGAUAUAUAUGCU